ACACUAGCCGUCAAUGGAACUGAAACACGAGCAAUCAGUCCAGCGUGUCCUCGUUAAAAUGAAUCUGACGUAUAUUAGCUAAUUAGAAUGUUGGAGUUGGAAGUGCACAGAAACGAUUAAUUUUUAGGGAUAAUGACGACAUAAAUUACAAGAGCCAGUUUAGAAAUUUCAAAGUAAAUGUCUCAGCCAGUUCAGUGAGAGACCUACAAAAUGCUUUUAUUUUGAAAGCAAGUUUCUUCCGCAUCCGGUGUUGUAAUUACCUCUGCCUUGACGAGCCACUUUGGAAAAUCCGAGCAGCAAAACAUUAGCUUAGCUAGCCGGCUAGCUUCAAGUCUAAGCGUUCUUCCUUCAAAGCAUAUGAGUCGCAAGAGAAAUCUGACUUUUUCGGGUACUAACCUGUCCCCCGAACUCCAAGGGACCUUCAUGGAGCCUCCGUGCCGCGCCGACGGCGAUUUCCUGAACCUGGAGCCCGACGAGGAGCUCCUGUGCUCGGUCAGCUCGGUGAGCGAACACCUGGGCAGGAACAUCAGCGCCGCGCUGGACGCCGCCAUGAACGAGAUACGACACAUGCUCGCCGUCAGGAUACGAGCGCUCAAAAUGGAGCUGAGGGACAAAACCGACGAGAUCGCCGUGUUGAAAGCCAAGCUAAGCGACAGGGAAGCCAAGGAGGCUGCGGAAUCGCCCCUCGACGCCACGGAGGCGCCACCUGACGCCGCCUUCAGGAGCUCCAAGAUGCUCAGCGUGGACCCCAAACGAGAGAAAAAGUCCCUCCUGCCCGGGGUGAAGAAGGAGAACAUUGACGCUAUUUGUGACUACCUGAUGAAAGACAAGAACUCUAGAGGCGCCGCAGAGAUGGAGGGAGGUGAGCAAGGUACCCAGGAGGAGGAUCCGCAUCCCCUCCACCUGUGGCCUGACGGCGGGAUGAGCUCUUCCGCGCCUUCGGGACACACGGACGACAUCUUCAACAUGCUGCCCUCCAGCAGCAGGCGCUUGUACGACUAUGAGUGGAUAGCGCCCAUGGAGUACUCGUCAGACCUCAAGGUGAAGCAACCAGAGUGUGAAAACGAAGACGAGGAGGAGGAAGGUUCAUCAGAACAGCCUACGACCCGAUUCCCGCAUGUCCAGCCUGCCGAUUUCUCCACCGUUCCGGGUUCCCCCGGUGAGGGCGGCGCCCAUCCGCCCCCCGAGACAGGUCAGCAGUUCCCAAACCACACCUUCAUCUGCUCCUUGUGCGGAACCUUCUGUCCCGACUCGGCGUUCCUGGAGGAACACGUUAAACUCAUACACUCGGACGCCCGAGCUCUCCAGGUCCCGCAGACCGCGGCGGGAGACAAAGCUCAGGCGGCGGACGCCGAGGAAGGGGCGGCCGACGCAAAGGAGUCCCCGCUCAAGGGCAGGUACGAGUGCGGGGACUGCGGUCGGCGUUUCAACUACCUGGGCAACCUGCGGCAGCACCAGCGCAUCCACACUGGGGAGAAGCCCUUUGUCUGUCCGGACUGCGGGGAGCGCUUCCGCCACGCCGCCCGGUUGAAGAGCCACAGGCUGGUGCACAGUGGCGCCCAGAGCCCCUUUCCCUGCCCACAGUGCGGCAAAGGCUUCUCAGUCCUCUCCGGGCUCAAGAGACAUCAACGGGUGCACACGGGCGAGAGCCCCUACGCCUGCCCGCAGUGCGGCCGGCGCUUCAAGGAGCUGGGAAACCUCUACACCCACCAGAGGAUCCACAGCGGCGCCACGCCGUACUGCUGCCAACAGUGCGGACGGAGUUUCCGGCACCUCGGCACCUACAAGAGUCACCGAUGCACUCCCGCACAGUGACCACGUAUUUAGCGGCAUUCGUCCCACCCUGAUGUAAAGUCGUGUUUAACCUAUACUGUUACAUAGUGCUCAUUUGAUAGGUUGAGUGAAAGAACAAGUCAACACUAACCACUGACAAUCCCUUUUUUCUAUAAUAAAAGAAACUAUCUACCAGCUAUUGUAUCGUUUCUCAGUGAACUGUCAUGCUAAAUCCAAACUGUAGGAGGCACUACACCCUUGCUCAUCUAAUCAAGAUCUCCCAGCUCCAAAUGGAAGACGCAAUGGCUGCUUUUCCUCCGUCCGUCCAUGCAUUAAGCGCAUCACUGUCACAAACUGACAAACGAUGCGACUACUCCAGAAUUUAUGAACAUGGAGGAUUUGGUGCCGACAUUGGCCAAGGACAACAAAGGUUCUCCGCAGGCUAAUGUAAAGCUAGUGUUCUUGACUCGUUUACUGCCAGCCCAGUCAGAGUAUGGAUUUGGUGGCGGUGUGUAGUAACUAGGGCUGUCAAACGAUUAAAAUUUUUAAUCGAGUUAAUUACAGCUUAAAAAUUAAUUAAUCGCAAUUCAAACCAUUUAUAAAAUAUGCCAUAUUUUUCUGUAAAUUAUAUAUUCUGUAAAAUGUUGGAAAGAUGAGACGAUGGAAGUACUGUAUUUGUUUAUUCUAACAAUAAAUCAAGAUGGCAUUAACAUUAUUAACAUUCUGUUAAAGCGAUCCAUGGAUAGACUUGUAGUUCUUAAAAGAUAAAUGUUAGUACAAGUUAU